UUAUAACUUUAUAUAACACAAAACGACCUGACUCCUCGUCGUAUCAACCACAUAAUCACCAUCAUUGUAUCCUAUUAAAUGCUUCCUUUCAUUCACUUGUAUAUCAGUCUCUGCAGAAAAUCUAACAUUUCAUUCUCAAAUCCAAUGGGAAUGGCUGUUUGCACCAUUCUCUUACUCUCUCUCCUGGCUUCUAUCUCCAGCGCAGAAUUUGAGGCAAAGCUGGGAGUGAACUACGGGCAGCUGGGCAACAACUUACCAACACCAAAAAGAUCAGUUGAGUUAAUCAAAUCAUUAAAAGCCAAACGUGUCAAAAUCUACGAUGCCACUCCAAGCAUCCUCAAAGCUUUACAAAACACAGACAUUCAAGUCUCAAUCAUGCUCCCAAACCAACUCAUUUCCAAUUUCUCAUCCAACCAAACCCUCUCAGACCAAUGGGUCUACUCCAACGUCAAACCCUUUUACCCACAGACCAAGAUCCGCUACCUUCUUGUCGGAAACGAGAUUCUCUCCGACCAGUCUAUUAAGCCCACCUGGUUUAACCUCGUACCCGCAAUGCGAAAGAUCAGGUACUCCCUUAAACGUUAUAGUUUACAUAAGAUUAAGGUCGGAACUUCCAUGGCAAUGGAUGUUCUAGAAUCUUCGUUUCCGCCUUCGAAUGGGACUUUCCGGGCUGACAUUGCGAAGCCGGUGGUGAAACCUAUGUUACAGUUCUUGAACAAGACGAAAUCUUUUUUGUUUCUUGAUGUUUAUACUUAUUUCCCUUGGUCUGCUCAGCCUGACAAUAUUGAUCUUAAUUAUGCAUUGUUAGCGGCCACUAAUUUUACUUAUUUGGACCCUGUUUCGGGUUUAACUUAUACGAAUCUGCUUGACCAAAUGAUGGAUGCCAUCAUUUUUGCUAUGAAAAAAAUGGGGUAUCCGGAUAUUCGUUUAUUUAUUGCGGAAACUGGUUGGCCUAAUGGUUGUGAUAUUGAUCAAAUUGGUGGGAAUAUUUACAAUGCGGCUACUUAUAAUCGUAAUGUGGCCAAGAAGUUUAAUGCUAAACCGGCAAUUGGGACACCAGCUAGACCGGGAGUCGUGUUACCUGGGUUUAUUUUUGCUUUGUACAAUGAAAAUCUAAAGGGAGGUCCGGGGACAGAGCGGCAUUUUGGGUUGCUAUACCCAAAUGGAACGAAUAUAUAUGAUAUUGACUUGUCCGGGAAGAAGCCAUUGUCUGAGUACAAACCACUUCCAAAGCCUCUCAACAAUGCGAAGUACAAGGGAAAGUUAUGGUGCUUGGUGAAGAAAGGAGCCAACUUGACGGAUGUGUCUGCGGCUUUGGGUUAUGCUUGUGGCCAGGGAAAUGGAACAUGUGAUCCGAUUCAAGCUGGUGGAAAGUGUUUCAAACCUAAUACAUUGAUCGGGCAUGCUGGCUAUGCUUUUAGUUCGUAUUGGGCUCAGUUCAAGAAGGUGGGAGGGACUUGUAAUUUUAACGGGGUUGCAGCCGCUUCUGCCAAAGAUCCAAGUUACGGAUCAUGCAAAUUCCCAAGUGUUAUGCUCUAAAAUGGCGGUGCUUAGAAUGUUAGAUGGUGAACAACUAAAAAUAAACCACCUAUGUGACCAUUAUUUUUUUCAAGGAAUAUCUGACUUUGGAUGCCAUUUUCCAGCUGCUGGCAAAAGGUAUAAAGAUGGAAACUUCACCUUUCUUAACCUCUCCCUUUUAUGACAUUUCCAAGCUCCUUCUGUGCAAGCUUAACGUUCACUUUUCAGUAUUCACCCAGAUAGAUUUGGUUUGUAGGAUUGAGAUAGGCAUUCAAAUCGCUUUGUUAAUUUUACCUUUCUUCUGGACCAUCAAUAUUCAUAUCUGAAGCAGUUGGUAAUUAUUUUUCCCAAUAUGUGAAGAAUCACAUUUAAAUUAGGACAUUUUAUAUUAUUUUUGUAAGCUGUGGUAAGUUCUUUGUUUAAAGACUCAGAAUGUUGGUGACUUUAAUAUAUCUUAAUACCGUUGUGUGA